GCUAAUAAUUAAUUAAUAACAUAGUGAUUACAAUGGUUCGCAAGAAAAUUGAUAAUCGUAUUCGUGUGUUGAUUGAGAAUGGUGUUAAGUUGGGACACAGAACACUGUUUGUAAUUGUUGGAGAUAAAGGCAGAGAUCAAGUUGUAAUUCUGCAUCAUAUGCUAGCAAAAGCUGAAGUAAAAGCGCGUCCUUCAGUGUUAUGGUGUUACAAGAAAGAAUUAGGCUUCAGCAGCAACAGGAAGAAGAGAAUGAAGCACUUGCAGCAUAAGAUUCAAGCUGGAAAACUGAGUGUCAAUGAAGAUGAUCCCUUUGAAUUGUUUGUAUCUAGCACUAAGAUUAGAUAUACUUAUUAUUCAGAAACCCACAAGAUUUUGGGAAACACCUUUGGAAUGUGUGUACUACAAGACUUUGAAGCAUUGACACCCAAUCUAUUAGCGCGUACAAUCGAAACCGUUGAAGGUGGAGGUCUGGUUGUCCUUCUGCUCAGAUCCAUGAAUUCUCUUAAACAAUUAUACACAAUGACAAUGGAUGUUCAUCAACGUUUUCGAACGGAAGCGCAUCAAGACGUCGUUUGCCGCUUCAACGAACGUUUUCUUUUGAGUUUGGCGUCGUGCAAGCGCUGUUUAGUUGUAGAUGACCAACUGGCUGUUCUUCCAUUGUCUUCACAUAAUCUACAUGUGAAUCCUGUGGAUAAACCAGAAGAACAACCAGAAAACGAUGCUGAAUUAAGCGAUUUAAAGACAAGUCUAAGAGAAACCCAACCAGUCGGCAGUUUAAUAAAUUGUUGUAGAACUUUAGAUCAGGGUAAAGCUUUGUUGAAAUUCAUUGAGGCAAUCAGUGAAAAGACUUUACGAUCAACAGUAUCUUUAACUGCGAGUCGUGGUCGUGGUAAAUCAGCCGCUCUUGGAUUAGCAGUCGCGUCAGCAGUAGCUUUUGGUUACAGUAAUAUUUUCGUGACUAGUCCGAGCCCUGAAAAUUUAAACACGUUCUUUGAGUUUGUUUUUAAAGGAUUUGAUGCUUUGGAGUAUCAAGAACACAUUGAUUACUCACUGGUACAGAGCACAAAUCCAGAAUUUAAUAAAGCCAUUGUUAGGGUGAAUGUUUUCCGUGAUCAUCGUCAGACUAUUCAGUAUAUUCAUCCGACUGAUGCUAAUAGAUUAUCACAAGCGGAGUUGUUAGUUAUUGAUGAAGCUGCAGCGAUUCCAUUAGCUUAUGUUAAGGCGAUGUUGGGGCCAUAUUUGGUGUUUUUGGCUUCGACUAUCAAUGGCUAUGAAGGCACUGGACGUUCUUUGUCAUUAAAAUUGUUACAACAACUUCGUGUUCAGGCUGCACCGGUGGGAGCUAACACAAAUGCGGCUAACAAAUCAACUGGAGCUGCUACAGGGAGAAUUUUACAUGAAGUAACGCUCGAGGAAUCCAUCAGAUAUAAACCUGGCGAUGAAGUUGAAACAUGGCUGACAAAACUUCUCUGCUUGGAUGCUACAUCUGUUCAACCAAUAAUGUCCGGUUGUCCACCACCGGACAACUGUGAGUUGUAUUACAUCAACCGCGAUACGUUGUUUUGUUAUCACAAGGCGUCUGAAGAGUUUCUGCAACGUCUUGUGGCUUUAUAUGUCGCCUCGCAUUAUAAAAACUCUCCUAAUGAUUUACAAAUGAUGUCGGACGCGCCUGCACAUCACUUAUUCUGUCUUUUGGGCCCUGUGGACUCAUCCAAAAAAACUUUGCCUGAGAUUUUGGUUGUUAUACAAGUAUGUCUCGAAGGACAAAUCUCGAAAGGCAGCGUUCAAGAUGGCUUCUCAAGAGGAAAACGCGCUGCGGGUGAUUUAAUCCCUUGGACUGUAGGCCAGCAGUUUCAGGAUCCUGAUUUUCCAAGUUUAAGUGGUGCUAGAAUCGUUAGGAUUGCUACGCAUCCUGAUUAUCAAGGUAUGGGUUACGGUGCAAGAGCGCUAAACCUUCUCAAAGAUUACUACGAAUUCAAAAUAACAAACUUGGAUGAAGUAGAAACAACAGAAAUUGACAACGUUGACGAUGAAGAUGUUAAUUUGUUAGAAGAAACUAUUGAACCAAGAAAGUCUCUGCCGCCAUUACUACUAAAGUUAAGUGAAAGACCACCAGAGAAGUUGCAUUAUCUUGGUGUUUCCUACGGUUUGACUGAAGGUUUGUUAAAAUUCUGGAAGAGAUCUGGUUUUGUGCCUGUUUAUUUGCGUCAAACUACUAAUGAUUUGACUGGGGAACAUUCAUGUAUUAUGCUGAAUGUGAUCAAUGACGAUGCGAAUGCGAAAGACGACGAUUGGUUGAAGGCAUACUGGAUUGACUUUAGAAAGAGGUUUGUUUCUUUGUUGAGUUAUAAUUUCAAGACGUUUUCGCCAGCUAUGUCGUUGAGUAUGCUAACAAACAAAGCUAGAGUGAUUGAAUCAAAAGUACUUUCAAGAAAUGAAUUGGAUGUACACAUGACUACUUAUGAUGUGAAACGUCUAGAAAUGUACAGUAAUAAUUUGGUGGAUUAUCAUCUUAUAACCGACUUGAUUCCUACAUUGGCGAGGCUCUAUUUCACGAAUAACUUGGGUGAUGUUCAAUUGUCAGCAGUACAAGCUGCAAUUCUAUUAGGUGUCGGGUUACAACACAAAGAUGUUGAUGACUUAUCCACGCAACUAGAUUUACCAUCAAAUCAAUUACUAGGUCUUUUCAACCGAUUGAUUCGUCGAACAGUACAAUACAUCAAUACUGUCUUAUCCGAGGAUGCUGAAAAAUCCCUGGCACCAGUUAAAGAUGUACAAUUGACGCCGGUUGCCAAAAGUAUGCAACAAGAGUUAGACGAAGCAGCGAACGAACUAAAGAAGAAACAAAAGAAGGAGUUAGAGAAACUUAAAAAUGAGAAUCUCUCCCAGUUUGCAAUCAAAGGUUCAGAACAAGAUUGGGGUGCGAUUUAUGCCUCAAAAGGAAAGAAAAACAUAGUUUCUGUGAAGAGCGGAGAAAAACGAAUGCAUGACGGUGCCAACGGCGUAGAAAAAUCAGCAAAAGAUGUGGAUUUCACUAGAAAACCGAAGAAGAAAUUCAAGAAAAACAUUAAAUAUUGUGUAAUGUUCAAACUGAACAAAGAUUUAUUCGCUUAUGGUUAUAAAUAGUUUAAUGUGAGUAUUAAACAUGUUUUGCCCGUAUCACAUUAUAAACAAGCAGAUAA